GUGUGUUCACACUGGAUGCGAAUUGAAACCGAAUUCCGUAGAGCGCUCUCCGGAAUACGAAUUGGUUAAUCCAGUUUCAGAACGGUCGCGUCACACUGGCCCGAAUACGCAUUCAAAUCGGUUUAAAACGCGCCACACUCAAUGCGUACUAACGACGCGCCAUCUAUAAAUAUAUCAGUUAACUAGUUCGGAGCACUAGUUCCCGCGGUCAAAGGUCACUUUCCAUGCUUUCCAAGAUGGAUGCCAUAAACCUUCGACAUGAAAACAGGGAUCAUAAUCGUUUUUCUCUUCAAUUCGUGAGAAUUUUGUUGAUGCAUUUGCAGUUUACAGCACAGAGGCAACAUCGUAGGAUGCGAAGGUUGCAUCAUUUGGGCAGGGUUCGCCGCAGACGCUUUGAACAACGCCAGAAUAACCAGAGACAAAACUUCAUCAUGUUCUUGGUGAUGGCUGGUGCAGCCCAGGAAAUGCAUAAUGGCCUGGCCAACCCUCGUCGAAUGUGGGCGAAACGUCGCCUUCGCAAUUAUUGGGAAGAGGUUUACCACGGUGAUCUGUGGGAGGCAUCAGAUUGGAGGGAAAACCUCCGGAUGUCACGAGGUACUUUCGAGAUAAUAUGUGAGCAACUCAGCCCGUACAUUGAGAAGCAGGAUACGCGACUUCGACGACCUGUUCCUCAUCAUGAACGCUUGGCCGUGACCCUGUGGAAAUUGGCCACGGUAAUGGAGUACCGAUCGCUGGAGCAAAAGUUUGGGCUUGGUCGUUCAACUGUUUCUACUAUAGUGCAUGACACUUGUCGGGCAAUUUGCGAAAUUUUGAGGCCAAUCUACAUCAAAUUUCCAACUGGCGAGAGACUCAAUGGCAUUGUUCAAGGCUAUGACAGGACUUGGGGCUUCCCGCAGUGUGUCGGCGCAAUCGAUGGUAUGCAUGUCCCUAUCAAAGCACCGCAUAUUAAUCCAGCAGAUUACUAUAACCGCAAAUUUUAUCAUUCUGUGGUGUUGCAGGGGACCUGUGAUUUCAACUAUCGAUUCAUUGACAUUUACUUUGGUUUUGCCGGUCGUGCACAUGACGCAAAAAUCCUGGCCAAUUCUGGCCUUUACAAGAUGGCCAUAUCUGGACAGUUGCUUCCUGAUCAGCCUCGUGUUAUUGCUAACCACAAUGUACCCCUUCUCAUAAUAGGAGAUCCAGCCUAUCCUUUGUUACCGUGGUUAAUGAAACCGUUUGCACACAGGGGACAUCUGACAGCAGCACAAAACCGUUUCAAUUACAGACUCAGCCGGGCUCGAAUGACAAUUGAGAACACUUUUGGGCGCCUAAAAUCCAGAUGGAGAUGUUUGCUGAAAAAGAGUGAUUUUCAACUUGAAAAUGUCCACCACAUUGUUACCGCAUGUUGUGUCUUGCACAAUGUCUGUGAAAUUCACAAUGAAAGAUUCAAUCCAAAUUGGAGGGCUAUAUUAGCAGAGUAUGAAGAUGACGAUCCAUUGGUAAUGGAGGAUCAAGUUGUAGAUGCAACGCAGUUGAAUGUUAAUGCAGCAAAUGCAACACGAGAUGCUCUUGUUCGGUUCUUAAACCACUGAGCUACAUGUAUCAAGAAUCAAGUUGGCAAGGUGGGGUUUAUUGGGGGGGAGGCAUAACGCGUUGAAAAAGAAAGAAAACUUGAAUUUGUCCUUAUUUUGUAAUGCCUUUUUGCAUUUGGACUUGUUCAAAUAGUAAAAUUGUUUCCUUGUCACUGGGGGAAACUUGAAAACCAACUGAUUGAAACACCUUGCCCAGAAAAUUGAUUCUAUAAUAUGUUAAAGUAUGACUGACUGUUAAAU